AUGCUACCCAAACACACUCUCGCCGCGCUCAUCGCGGCCAUGGCCCACGGCGCCACGGCAGCGUUCAACACCAGCUGCAGCUGGUGGUACCUCCACGAACAAGUGGCGCUCACCGGUGACUGCGUCGACUCGACCAGCGGCAACAGGCACAGGGUCGUCUCCAGCCUGGACCUGAACGAGUGCGUCGGCGUCGACACCACGGCAAACGCCCUGAUUUGGCAGCCCAAUGGCCAGGCCUUCCGCAUGAGUGCCCAGGCCUCCCGCCCAUGA